CCACAGUUUCCUAGCAACCGACGCCAUCCGGGAUGCAAUGGCUAAAUUUGUGCUCGCUGGCAAAACUGACUGCCCACAUUACGCCAAAGCGGAACUAUUAGCAGACAGUCUGCAGAGAUGUCUGCCAAACUUCAGGAUCCACAAGAUCUCAGUCCUUCCACAUGCAUGGAAGGAAUGGCUCGAGGACACCUGCACAAGAAAUGGCUGGAAACACGAGCAGUCCCCUUUGGUUUGGAGGGAGCUGGUGGACCAAGGGGGGAAAGCGAUGCUUUUAGGGGGGUUUAGUGACUUCCUAGAGCAUUGUCAGGACUAUUACAGCGUCACAUCAGAUAUGCUUACAGAUAUCAUGCUGAGUGUUGCAUCAGAGAAUCUGGAAACCAAGAUGAACUCAAUCGUAGAGGAGCAACAUCGUGUCAGUCUUAUUAAACCCCUUCAUAUAUGGCUCAGCAGCGCUCUCAGCCCAACCGGCCACUUCCUGAUCCCCAACCUGCUCUCUGCUGAGGUGUUCCCCAACACUUCAGCUAUCAGCCUCCACCUUUUAAACCUGGAGGGGAAAGAGGAGCAACUUCAGUGGCUUAGGAUGGAGACGGAGAACCUGGCACUCCCUCUGCUAUAUCAAGUGACCAUUCACACAGAUCUGGAACAGGCCUUUAAAGAAGCUGAUGUCAUUCUACUUCAGGAUGAGUGUUGGUCUGAUGACAGUGAUACAGAAGAUGAGGAGGAAAUGAAGAGGAAGGUGAAGAGAAUCUCAGACAGAUACAGAGAGUAUGGACAGCUGAUUGACACACGGGCCAACAGGGAGGUAAAGGUCAUCGUGUCUGGGGACUCCUUUGUCAACCUGAGAUGCUCACUGCUUUUGGACAACGUAAACGUGAUUGACAGCAACCAAUUUGUCACCGUGGCAACUCAGCUGGAGAAUGAAGCGAGGGCCAUCAUCGCAAGGAAGCUGAAAGUGAGGACGUCAGAUGUCACACACGUCAUUGUGUGGGGAAACAUCAGCGGCAGUUUCUAUAUUGACCUCCAGAGAGCAAAGGUUUUCAACUAUGAUGGGCCAAUCAAAGGACCAGCUUACUUUUCCCAACCAGCCAAAAACAUCCUCCAAGAAAGGAAAUGGUUGGAAACCGACUUCCAGGAGUUGGUGCGUUGUCAGCGUGCAGCUGUGGCUUCAAAGACCUGCCGUGCUGCUCCCAUGUCGCUCGCUAAUGGGAUCCUUGAGGUCCUAAAGGCGUGGAAUGGCAUUUGUGGUCCAGAUGAGAUCUUCUCUUUGGGAGUGCUUUGCCCAGGUGACUAUAAUCUCCCAGGUGGCAUCGUCCUCUCAGUCCCGGUCAUUUUCACACACAGGAAGUGGUCCGUGCUGUCUGAUGUGACACGUGAAGACAAUUUGAAGAAGAGACUUGAGAUUGCGGCGAGUGAACUCCGGCAGGAGAAAGAACUGAUCGGUUGCGAGCGAUACAUAACAAAGAGUUAAUGGACGAUUAAAACAACAGAGUAAAACAUGAUGAAGUAAUCCAGAAGAAUCUCACUGCCACAUCUUAUUUUUGUUUCAGUUUGUACUUUUAUUCUCAAACUUUCACAUGUGGUGUUGCAGUUUUAUUUGACCAGUUUCAUGACAAUAAAGUGUGUUCCGCUUUGUGAAA